CAAAUAAUUUUUGUGGUUGCAUCAGGAAGCGUUUUAUAGGCGUCACUUUUGAGACACCUGGUUCUGAUUUUGCUGUCAAGGAGGCGUAAAGUGAAGUUUUGGAACAGAAGUGCCAGUUCUGUGUCGUUAUGAAUCUAAGCAGUUCACACGGCUGCUCAGAGCUGAGAAUUGUCCUUUUGGGUCCAAAAAAUGCUGAGAAAAGUUCGGCAGGAAACACUAUCCUGGGCAAAAAGGAGUUUGACUUAAAAAGGACUUUGCACUGUAUGAAGAUACACAGUGAAAUAGCUGGCACGAAGAUCGCUGUGGUUGAUACUCCAGGCUGGUGGGGAAAUUUACCCUUUGAAGAAAAUCCUGAACUUUAUAAACAGGAAAUUGUCCUGAGUGUGACUAAAUGUCCUCCAGGACCUCAUGUCCUACUCCUGGUCUUAAAUGUGGACACACCAUUUAAACAAAAUGAAAAAGACAUUCUGUGUGAUAAUGUUAGAUGUUUUGGGGAUGAAGUAUGGAGGCACACAAUAGUGUUGUUCACCUGUACAGAUCAACCUGGAGGUAUAACAACACAACAGUUUAUUGAGAAUGAAAAUGAAACCCUUCAGUGGCUCAUUGAGAAAUGUGGGAAUAGAUAUCAUGAGCUCAAUACUAAAAACUGGGGUGAUGGAUCUCAGGUCACAGAACUGCUUAAGAAAAUACAGGAUAUGGUGGAAGAAAACAGAGGCGGCCAUUAUAAAAUAGAGAGAAAGAUUUUGCAAGAUGUGGAGGAGAAGAGGAGAGAACAGGAAAAGAGAGCAGAUGAAAGAAGGAUAAAAAAAUCAGCAUCUAAAAGACAAGACAAGAACAAGGGGAGAUGAACUUCCCCUUUCACAGCUGAGGAUGGUGCUGCUGGGUUACCAUGGUGCUGGGAAGAGAUCGGCAGGAAACAUCAUCUUGGGCAAAUCGGCAUUUGAUUGCAAAAGAUCACUUACAUCUGUGAUUCGAGAAGGAGAUGUUUCAGGAAGACACAUCACUGUGGUUGAUACUCCAGGCCGAAAAAGACAUUACUGUUUAAAAUACACCCCCAGACUCUAUAAAGAUG